CCACUGUAGAGAGGUGCUUGUCAGACCAGUUUUCAGACUGUGUUUGUGUACAAAAGGACCGAUUUGGAGAAUCCCCUGUUUCCAGAAACAAAACUCAACAGGAUCUACUGCUCUGAAAGAGGUGACUGUUGUUUUUCAGAGAGACUUUUAGGACAGAAAUGUGGAACUGACAGUAAAAGGUUUCACAAGAGAUUAAAGUGACAGAGAUUGUGUUUCAUCCCAUCACUGCCAGGAUAAACUCACACAGCUGUGAGGCUUCAGCGUCUGGACCAUGUUUUCCUCUGCCGUGCCGCACAAAAACCAGCACUACUCUGAACUGAAGAGGGAAUGCAUCAAGGACAAGAAACUGUUUGAAGAUCCAGAGUUCCCAGCCACCAAUGCAUCACUGUUUUUUAGGAAGCCUCCACCUGGACUGGUGCAGUGGAAACGCCCGGGGGAGAUCACCAAUGAGCCCCAUCUAUUUGUGGAAGGCAUCAGCUCACAUGACCUGAACCAGGGGGUUGUGGGUAACUGCUGGUUUGUCGCUGCCUGCUCCUGUCUGGCUCUGAAACCACACCUGUGGAAGAAGGUAAUUCCAGACUGGAAGGAACAGGAGUGGGAUGCAAAAUACCCAGAGAACUAUGCAGGGAUAUUUCACUUUCAGUUCUGGGUGUUUGGGGAGUGGGUGGAUGUUGUGGUGGACGAUCGGCUUCCGACAAUCAACGGGGAGCUCAUUUACUGUCACUCAAAGCAGAACAAUGAGUUCUGGAGCGCCCUGCUGGAGAAGGCCUACGCCAAAUUGUCUGGCUGCUACGAAUCACUGGAGGGAGGAAACACCGGAGAUGCUGUUGUAGAUUUCAGUGGAGCCGUUUCAGAAGCCAUUAACCUGGAGAUAGAAGCUUACUACAAGGACCAGACCAAACAAGACAAACUGUUUGAGGAUCUGCUAAAGGUCUACGAUCGGGGGGGCAUCAUCAGCUGCUCCAUCAAGGCAGAGCCUCACGAAAUAGAGCUCAGGUUGGCAAACGGGCUGGUGAAAGGUCACGCAUACUCAGUUACUGCAGUGAAGAAGGUGCGAUUAGGCCACGGGCUGCUGGCCUACUUUAAGAAUGAAACCAUUCCUAUGAUCCGCAUGAGGAACCCCUGGGGAAAGACAGAGUGGAAAGGAGCCUGGAGUGACAGUUCUGAGGAAUGGGCAAAAGUUGGAGACACAGAAAGGGGAAACCUCGGCCUCACAGUAGAGGACGACGGCGAGUUCUGGAUGGCAUUUGAAGACUGGUGCAAGCACUUUACAGAUGCAGAUGUUUGCCGCCUCAUCAACACCUCCGUGAUCAGCAUACAUAAGACGUGGAAUGAGGUCAUGCACUUUGGAAGCUGGACCAAACAUGCGGAGCCGCUGUUAAACCGCUGUGGAGGCUGUGCAAACCACAGACAGACAUUCCUGCAGAACCCACAGUAUCUUUUUGACGUGACAAAGGAGGUGGAUGAGGUGUUGAUCUCCUUGCAGCAGAGAGACAUGAAGAUUCACAGAAAAAUCGGCCAAGGUGAAAAUCUAACCAUUGGCUUUGGUGUGUUCAAGGUGGAAUUAAACCGGAAGUAUCGGAUGCAUGACAUCCUGACCCAGCAGUGUGUGUCAACAUCAACCUACAUCAAUGCCCGUACAGUGUUUAUGAGGUGUUCACUCCAACAGGGCCGCUACAUCAUCAUCCCCACCACCUUCAAGCCUCAGGUUCUGGGCGAUUACAUGAUCCGGGUUUUCACCGAUGAGAGCUCAGGCUGCAGGGAGCUGACAGAGGAUAAACCCAGAGUCAGGUGCUGGAGUUCAUUCCUCGGAUACCCCCAAGUUGUGACUCACGUCUAUGUCCAUGGAGCUGAGGGGCUGGAAAACCAGGACAGCACAGGAGGUGCAGACCCCUAUGUGAUCAUAUGGUGUGAGGGCAAAUCUGUUACAUCCACUGUCAAGAGAGACACAUUACAGCCAGAUUUUACAACCAGCGGCAUUUUCUAUAGGAAGAAGCCCAGAAAGCCCAUAACGGUGGAGAUUUGGAACAGUAACGCCGUCAAAGACCAGUUUAUGGGCCAAGUGGUGCUGUCUGGGUCAGUAAAGGACAGCAGUGAAGCUCAGAGGCUACAGCUGAGGAAGCAAGGCCGGCAGAUGGCCGACGAAAUGCCCGGUAACAUCAGUCUGAGGAUCGUCACGGCUACUCAGCUGACCGCUUUUUGACCUCAUCUGCGCUGAAUCGUUUUUUGUGUUCAACUUUGAGAGAGAAACUUCACAUCACUAAGGUUCUGCUGCCAGCGGUGGUGUGGCCUGUUUUCUACCACUGUAUCAACAGGCUUGUACACAGACAUUUAAACCAGAUUUUGGUGAAUUAUUUACAAAGUUGAGGGGGAACAGCACUCUACUGGACAGACUGACUUCUGUCUUUUUUCUUCUUUUUAUACAUUUUUAUACUGACAUUUUACAAGUUGACAGCAGAGAUAUCAUUCCAUUUUUUAUUAGACUGUCAUCAGUGGCAAAGAUUUAUCAUCCAAGUUUUAAUGUUAUGUUUACGUACAUUCUGUGCAACACUUAAUCCAUUUGUAGUCUGUUUUAUUGGUAUCCUUCUUUCCUUUCAAUCACCACUUCAUAUCAUCAAGAUUGUGAAAAUACAAAUAACAAACAGAAGAAAUAAAGAAAAAUACAGUAUAAUUCCGGUUGCCUAGAAGCAUUGCAAUGACUCUGGUUUUCUUCCUCUUUUUAUUUCAGUCCAGUUCCCAAACUGCAAUUUUUUUUACACUCAAGACACAGCCAUGCACAAUUCAAAGUUCAAAAAGUCUAUUGCUUCAACCACAAUUAAAAAUAGUUUAUCCAAAACCUCAUUUCCCCAUCAUUCACUUGUCCUUUUCAAAGAUGGGGGGGAGAAAGCCUGCUGAGGUAUGCCGGAUGGAUCAGCAGUUUUACAAAGCUAGACAAUAAUAAGAGUAAUAAUAAUAAUCAUAAUAAUGAUAAUGAUAAUAAUUUAAAAAGUAACAUUUUUUGUCUUUGUUCCAUUCUCUUGAUACACAUUAAUAGAGGAAUUUUCACACCACGUGUACAGGUUUACACAUUCAAAAGAUAGGAAUGUACAGGAGCAACCACAGAAAAGGGGCACGUCAGCGGUGUCUCUUGUUCCGAAAUUCACCUUUGUGCUCAUAGUUCAGACCUGUACAUGGGGCAGAGGCCAAAUGCCUCCGAGCCGGCGACUUUGCACAAAGCUUCCUGACAGGCCACCCCCACCUACCGCACACAUACAUACAUGUACUAACACUCAGCAGUGGUACUCAGGACAGUCUGUGUGGGCCUGCACACAGCGUGCUGCAUUUAUCGGCUCUCUGUCCAGAUGAAGGAGUGUCCGAUAAAGCCCAAACAGGAGAGCUGGAUCCAGGAGUGCAGAGACAGAGUGUGUGUUUAUUUUUCUCUUUUUCAGUUUCCAGGGUGCAAAACAUUUAUUGAUACAUACCAUAGAGCAACCUGAAUAUUGUCAUUUUAAUAUUGUCAUAAUUCUGAAAAAGGGGUGUUUUUCCUGUCAUAUUUACAUACAUACAUAAAUAUCCUAACAAUCUUAACCUAUCUGAAGAUGAGAUACAGUGUAUAGUUUGUUUUACAUGCAUGAGAUCUGUUGCAUCCUCCUGUCUAACAUCACUCCUUCAUCUUCUGUACAUUUGCUGUACAAUGGAGGUAAAAUAUGACUAAGCAGCUACCCUGCACCUCAGAGUCAAGGUGGACAACACGAGUGAGGCAUCUUCUAGUGCAGAUUGAGGUAGCCCCCUAACACACACAAACACACUCACACACGUAGGGAUGCCACGUGGGAAUGCCUGACAAAUACCAACACAAAGUAGCUGGUAGAUAACUUUAGUACAGAAAUGAGAUUGAAUACUAACCAGGCAUGAAAGGAAUGUCACAGAACAAUGUGAACCUGUUCCACAGUUUCUGGUUUCAGUGGUCAUUAGGACAAGGUACAGUCAUAAAAUGACAUGCACUGCUUCACUCGAGGAUGCUAGCGGAUAACACUUCCUCCCUAAUCUGCCACACAUCCUAAAACUAACCACUACACAUACAGAUCACAUGACAAAAGUCACAUAAGACACCAAAGAAGAAGAAGAGGAAGAGGGGAAGGGACAGGUGAGAGAGGUACAGGUUCAGGUACAAGAGCAGUUGUCUAUUACACAUGAAUGCUGUAUGCAUACUGAAUGUAGUCUAGUUUAGUUUUUGGCAUUCAGUGAAGAGCUAGUAUUAAACCAUGCAACGUCGUUUUUUUAUCUGCAUUUUACAUUUGUGUUCAAAGGUUAAAUGUGUCUUACAUUUCUUUAAGAAAACUGUUAAAAAAAAUGUUUUUAGUUUCUUAAUCUUGCUCACAGUUUAGAUUUGAUCAUUUCUGCUUGUUAAAUUUCAUGUUGCAUGUUUUUUUUUUUAAUCUUUUUACUUGAGCACACAGGCACACAUGAAGCAGCAUAGGAACCUCUCCAAGGGUUGCUGAACUUCUCAACAGUGUAUGCAGAAGAUUACAGCACGACCUCAUCUUAAAUAAGUUUACUUUGGUGUAUAGUGUGCGUUAGCAUCUAAAAAGUAACAAAAAAAAAGAAAAAAGACACUAAAUAUCCACAACUGUAUGUGUAACUUGUAUUACUGUGGAGUAAUUGAUUACAUUUUUUGAGACUUAAAUUCAGUAUGUUUUGUACUUUAUCUUUCAUACAUCAUAUGUUGAAUGUGGGCCAUUUGCUACA